AUGGCGCUCCGGGGCCUGAGGCUGUCCCCCCCUCCCUCCUCCCGCUCGCCCCCCGCCCCGCCCCCUCUUCCCCCGGGCCCCCCCCAGGGCGGGAGGGGCCUGCUCCUGCGCCGCUUCCACUGGGAGCCCCUCCCGGCCGAGAGGGUCCGCGCGGGGGGGAGGAACCUCUGGACCUCGGGCAGGGGAGGGGGAGAGCCCCCUCCUUUAGACCUGGCCCUCCUGGAGGAGCUCUUCGCCCAGCGCCUCGGGGGAGGAGGGCACGCCCACCUGGAAAGGGGCGCCCAGCCCGCCACCCAGGUGUCCCUCCUGGAGCCCAAGAAGGCCCUCAACCUCAGCAUCUUCCUCAAGCAGUUCAAGAGACCCCCCGCGGAUAUUGUGGCGGCGCUGCAGACCGGAGAGGGUGCCCCUUUCGGGCCAGAGAGGCUGCUGGAGCUGAGCAAGAUGCUGCCGGACCCCGAGGAGGUCAAACGCCUCCUGGCCUUCCAGGGUGACCGCAGCCGCCUCUUGGAGCCCGAGCUCUUUGCCCUGCUCCUGGUCCAGGUGCCCAACUUUGCCCUCCGCUUGCAGAUCCUGCUCCUCCAGGAGGAGUUCUUCCCGCAGCUCAACAGCCUCCGGUCGGCUAUCCAGACCCUCACGGAUGCAGCAACGGGUAAGGAGGGGGCAAGGAAGAGGGGCGGGGUCCUCAUGGGGCAGCUGUGA